AUGAAUUCUCUUGAAGAAGAACGCGAAGAAUUUAUUAUGCCAAAAUUAACUCCAAUAAAACGUGGACAAAAGCAAAUAAAUGUCCUUGAUUCUCCAAGCAAAGUUCAGGCAAGAAGUCGUCUUGGAUCUUUACUUGGACAGAUUAGAAAAGGAGAAAGUAGCCAAACAAAUUCUAAUGAAUUACAAAAUUCUAGAGAUCAACUCGAUAUCUAUGAAGAAUAUGAUUCGAAAACAGGCGGAAGCAUUCGUAGUAGAAAGAUGAGAAGAGAAAAACGUGUUGUUUUUGAACUUCGUGGAAAACCUUUCGGUUUGCGUGACACUGGUCGAAGUGAAAGUAUUUAUGCUCUCUGUAGAAAAUGGAUGUAUGGAAAGGAUGACGAGCCUUUAGAUCAAGAGAGUGGAUAUUUAGAAGAACAAGAAUACGAGCCACAUUUUAACAAAUCUUUGGUAAUUUUUGGAAAAAAAUAUUUAAAAAUUUUAUUUAAGGAUUUAAUGGCAACUAGAGAAAUAAAUGCUUUGCCUCCACCUCUACAUGAAGUACCUUUAAUGGAUCCGCGUCCACAAAAAGUUAUGCGAUUUGAACCGCCAGCGAAUGAGGAAAUUACUAGCAAAGAGAAAACACUUGAAGAAUAUAGGAGACAUUGGAAACGUGUAAAAAAGAAUUGGCUUGAUUAUAAUCAGAAAAGACAACUUCGAUACAAAAACAGUCUGCAAUUACUUCGAACAGUUUAUGGAAUUGCACAACAAACACAGGUUCCAUAA